CUUAGUCACUUUUUGAAUUUAGAUCUUGCUGUUACUUGCUGUUACUUGUUUUGGCUCACCACCAGUCAGCUGGGAAGGAAGGAGUUAUUUGGUGAUCCAAGGGAAAAGCCACAGCUUCCUCUUGCCGUAGCAAGGCAUUGAGAGGGAAGGGGAUUCUGGAGAUUUGUUCUUUCUGCUCUUUCCAAGGGGCAUAUUGGAAGAAAGCCAGGGAAGUGGAUUUGCUUUGUGUAUUUGGGUUUCUGAAACUUUUAGUGGAAACCUUUAAUUCUGGGGGAAAACAGCAUUGUCACUCAAAACCCCACAGCUGUGACAAAAAAAAAAAAGGUGGUUUGGGUAGGAAAUUAGACACUUCUGCUUGAGAAAACAAACUAAAGCAGCCCAGCUCAAGCUGGCAGCCCAGCUCCAGAGUCAGGGAGCAGCAGUGCAGGGGGUUGGAUGGCUGUCCAUCAUCCCAGUCUAUCAGAGCAGGGAAAGCAACCUGGCAUCCCAACCAGUCCAUCAACAGGGGUUGACCUGCACUCAUUCUGCCUCAGUCCCUGCAUCCCUGCUCUGGCCAGGCCCUCUCAAAACUCCCCAAAAUCCUUUGGACUCUGUGCAGAAGGGCCUUUGGUCCUUGCUGGGAUGGGCAUAAUGGUGGAGGAACCUGCUGCAUUUUGGCAUUUUCCUGGGAACCCAGUGACUAUAUUUGAGAAAAAGCAGAGUCUCCGUCAUGGAACACCCCAGGAUGAGUCAUGAGCCCUGGGUGAAGGGGAGGAAGCAACUGUCUUAAAAAGAAGACAUCCAGUGUCUGUGGGUGAGCACUGCCCAAAGAAGUGGCAGGAGAAGACAGCUUGGAAUCUUGGAAUGCUCUUUGGACAUCCAUGUGCAUGUGGGCCUGGCUUCAUCCUGAAGAAUUUUUUGUGAAAAACCACAGGGAAAAUUCUACCUCAGGAGCAAGAAGCUGGAAAAUGAGGAUUUUCUUGGUUUGGACCCUUUUCCUCGUGAGAGCCACGAGCACAGGUGGCCAGGCAGUGACAGGCCCCAGGCAGGUGACAGUUGAGCAGGGCAGCUCGCUGGCAGUGUCCUGUAGCUACAAGCCACGCUACAAGCUCAACUCCAAGUAUUGGUGCCGCAAAAACUCCCUCCGGGUUUGCUUCACCUACAUCAUCCAAACCGAUGGCUCAGAGGUAACAGUGACACAGGACAGGCUGUCCAUCAGGGACAACCACACAGCAAAUUCAUUCAGAGUGACACUGAGCAGUGUCACACUGGAGGAUGCAGGCCAGUACUCCUGUGGGGUGAAGAGGAGACUGGGGAUCAACCGCUGGCACAGCACCAAGGUGAUGGUCUCUGAAGCUGUUUCAAACACAACAGAGGACAGCAAUGUGAGCCUGUUGACCACCAACCCUCUGUGCCCCAGGGGCUGUGGGGAGCCUCCAGUGCUGUCCCAGCUCAGUGUCAUCCACUUACUGCUUCUUCUCAGCAUCAAGGUGCCCAUAGCAUUGGCUGUGAUUUGUGGAGUGGCCUGGGUGAGGAGCUGGCGCAGGAGCCAUGACCAGGAAAACCUGCAGGUCUUGGAGGUAUCCAGCAGCACCAGGGCACGGGGCUGCCCACUCAUCCCAACCAUCUCUGAGCCCCAGGGAUGCCCUCCUGUCCCCAUGGUCCCCUCCCUGCUGGGGCCGAACCACCCCUCACGGCCACCCCGUGCCAGAAGGUGUUUGGCUCCAGGUACUUCUGGCCCUGGAAAGCCUGAGCCUCUCCUGGCAGCCCCUGCACUGGAAAGGGAAGGGUUUGGGGUGCAGAGACCCUGUGUCUGUUGAGCUGCAGCUGCCAACUCAAGACAAUUUUGCAAUAAAGGCUGGGUAUCCUGCAGGACCUUA